AUGUUAACACGAGUGUUGGCACUAGAGUUGGGUCCCAAAGGCAUUCGUGUCAAUACUUUGAAUCCCGGUGCUACGGAUGUGACCAAAUCGGGUGCUAAUGAUGUCCCGGGAAGCACACCUUUGAGACGAUUCGGUCAACCCCUGGACAUCGCCAAAGGGGUGGUAUUCCUGGCCUCAAGUGAUGCUAACUUUAUAACCGGUGCUAAUCUGGUAGUAGACGGCGGACUCGUCUAUAACAUUGGAGCACUUUUUGUAAAGGCAAAUCAAAACGACUUCCCUAUCCAUGACUAUAAGGAUGUGAUGCACUCGAGAAACAUGACGGGAAAGGUAGUGGUGGUGACCGGUUCCUGUCAGGGCAUCGGCCAGAGUGUUGUCAAACUAUUCUCCAUAUUAGGCGCUCAUGUGGUCAUCACCGGUAGGAAUGAGACAGUUGUCAAAGAGGUGGCCAAAGAAGUACAACAGUUAUCGCCGUAUAAAUUGAAGCCUCUGAAUGUGACAAUGGAUUUCACCAAAAGUGCUGAUCUGAAGGAACUCAUAGCGAAGACAGCGAAACAUUUCGGUAAAAUAGAUGUGUUGGUCAAUGCGGUGGACAUCAGUCCCGACGCAGACAUCUGGCGACCGAACCUAUUGACAGUUUGGGAUCAAGUGUUUAACGUUAACCUCCGGGCCGUCGUUGAGCUCAUCCAUCACGCGGUGCCACAUCUCGCGAAGACAAAGGGAACCGUUAUUAACAUAUCGACCAUCGGAGCAAUCGCACCUCUCGGCCCAUAUCUGGCCUACGGUUCGGCCGAAGCGGCACUCGAUAUGUUGGGCCGAGUGUUGGCUCUGGAAUUGGGGCCCAAAGGAGUGCGUGUGAACACAAUCAAUCCGGGACUCAUAGUAACCGAAUGCGAGGAUUGUGUUGAGCCGACGGCCGGAGAAAUGGAUUAUUUGGAGAAAAUAACGCCAUUAAGAAGAUUAGGGGAACCGUUAGAUGUGGCCAAAGGGGUGGCAUUCCUGGCCUCCACUGACGCACAGUUCAUAACGGGAACUAAUUUGGUGAUCGACGGCGGACUUGUCUAUAAUUAUGCCGCUAUUCUUCAGCCACAUUAAGUGCCUAAACGAGU